CAGCUUAUCUCCCCUCAGGCGCAAUGCGGGGAUACCGCUUGAUCCCCAUCCUCGCGGGUCUUGGCGCUCUCCUACCCCAGACUCAGGCCCAGGACAGCUCGGGCUACACCGAUAUCCACGAGCCCGGCCGCUGCGCUCUUCGCGGGCAUUGCGGCAAGAAAUCAUUCUUCGGCGGAGAGCUCCCUUGUCCCGACAACGGGCGUGCCAAACAGCCCGAAGCGGCGGUGAGGAAGAAGCUGGUCGACCUGUGCGGUAGCAAGUGGCAGGAUGGGCCCGUAUGUUGUGAGGAUGAACAGAUCGAUGCGCUUUCGAAAAACCUCAAACUCGCCGAAGGAAUCAUCGCCUCAUGUCCCGCCUGCAAGGAGAACUUCUUUAACAUCUUUUGUACUUUUACCUGCUCGCCCGACCAGUCUCUCUUCGUCAAUGUCACGCAGAUCGAGCAGAAUGGCUCGGGCAAGAAGUUGGUCACGGAAAUUGACAAUGUAUGGUCGGAGGAAUACCAGAGUGGCUUCUACGAUAGCUGCAAGAACGUGAAGAAUGGCGCCUCAGGUGGCAAGGCCAUUGACUUUAUCGGAGGAGGCGCCAAGGACUAUCCCCAUUUCAUGAAGUUUCUGGGAGACAAGAAGCUGCUGGGAAGCCCCUUCCAGAUCAACUUCAAGACGGAACCUGCGGGUUCGGACCCACAGGGCAUGGAAGCCUUGCCGAUCAAGCCCAAAGCAUGCAAUGACCCCGACGAGGCCUUCCGCUGCUCCUGCGUCGACUGUCCGGAUGUCUGUCCGGAACUGCCUGCCGUCAAGACAGAUCGAUACUGUCACGUCGGCCUGCUACCGUGCUUGUCCUUUGCAGUAAUCCUCAUUUACUCGGUCUUCCUAUUGACCGUUGUGGCCGCAUCGAGCUACUUCACCUAUCGGGAGCGGCGGUACCGCAAGCCUGAGCGUGCUAGGCUUCUGCAGGAUCCUGCCCCUAGCGAUGAUGAGGACGAAGGCGACAUUGUGCGAGCAGGCGGUUAUGUUGAACAGCCUAACGGUGUCUACAAGCUCAACUCUGCCCUGGACCGAAUGUUCAAUCGGAUCGGUGGUGCCUGCGCUCGGUUUCCGGCGAUCACUAUCCUUACCAGUACUCUAUGUGUUGGAGUUUUGAGCCUAGGAUGGCUGCGGUUCGCCGUUGAGACUGAUCCGGUUCGCUUGUGGGUGAGUCCAACCUCGGCGGCCGCGCAGGAGAAAGCCUAUUUCGAUGAGCAUUUCGGACCAUUCUACCGAGCCGAGCAAGCCUUCCUGGUCAAUGAUACCGGACCAGUGCUGAGCUACGAUACGCUCAGCUGGUGGUUUGGCGUAGAGCUGAGGGUGCACCGAACAUUGUCCCAAGGUCGGGGACUCCUUCUCGAUGACGUUUGCUUCAAGCCUACUGGUGAUGCUUGUGUGGUCCAGUCUCUGACCGGUUAUUUCGAUGGCUCGUUGUCGAAUCUAGACCCCGACACCUGGCAAGAACGACUCCAGCAUUGUACCGAGUCCCCUGGAGAUGUAAGCUGUUUGCCCGCUUUCGGGCAGCCUCUAAGACCCGAAAUGAUUCUUGGUGGAUAUGAGAGUACCGGCAAUGUGCUCGAUGCACAGGCGUUGUUCACUACCUGGGUGGUGAAUAAUUAUGCCCAAGGGACAGAAGAGGAAGCGAACGCCAUCGACUGGGAAGAGACCAUCCAGCAGAUUCUUCGAGUUGUACAAGAAGAGGCCGAAGACCGCGGUCUCCGUGUGUCGUUCAACACAGAAAUCAGCGUUGAGCAAGAAUUGAACAAGUCCAGCAACACAGAUGCUAAGAUCGUGGUCAUCAGCUAUAUUAUCAUGUUCAUUUACGCGUCCCUGGCCUUGGGGUCGGUCACGGUGACCUGGAAGUCGCUGUUCACGAACCCGGCUAACGCUCUGGUGCAAUCCAAGUUCACUCUUGGUAUUGUGGGCAUCAUCAUUGUUCUGAUGUCUGUGUCUGCUUCGGUCGGCCUGUUCUCUGCGGCAGGCAUCAAGGUCACAUUGAUAAUCGCGGAGGUUAUCCCAUUCCUGGUAUUAGCUGUUGGCGUGGACAACAUCUUCCUUAUUGUUCACGAAUUUGAAAGAAUCAACGUCAGCCAUCCGGACGAAGAGAUCGACGAGCGAAUUGCUCGUGCGGUUGGCCGCAUCGGCCCCAGUAUCUUCCUUUCCGCUGCAACGGAGACAAUUGCCUUUGCUCUAGGCGUCUUCGUCGGAAUGCCGGCUGUGAAGAACUUUGCAGUUUAUGCAGCAGGGGCUGUCUUCAUUAAUGCCGUCUUGCAGGUCACCAUGUUUAUCUCGGUUCUAGCACUGAAUCAAAGACGCGUCGAAAGUCUGCGCGCUGAUUGCUUCCCGUGCCUGACCGUCCGCAAGGCCCAUUCUGGGAUGUCUGAAGACCAGGUACUGGACGAGCACGAUGGAGAAAGUAUGUUGCAAUCAUUCAUCCGCAAAGUCUAUGCGACUUUCCUGCUAGAGCGCAAGGUCAAAGUCUUCGUGGUGAUUACAUUCUUAGGCCUUCUGACGGCUGGUAUCGCUUUGGUUCCCGAGGUCGCCCUUGGCCUGGACCAGCGCAUUGCUCUGCCUAGCGACUCCUAUCUUGUGCAGUACUUCAAUGACCUGGACGCUUACUUUGGAAGCGGACCACCAGUGUACUUUGUGACAAGGAAUGUCAACGUCACUGAACGUCGUCAUCAACAACAAUUGUGUGGACGGUUCACGACCUGUGAAGAGUUCUCCCUGCCAUUUGUCCUGGAACAAGAAUCCAAGCGUCCGAACGUGUCUUACAUCUCCGGAUCAACUGCGAGCUGGAUCGAUGACUUUUUCUACUGGUUGAACCCGCAAGACGACUGCUGCACCGAGGACGGCGAAGUGUGUUUCGAGGACAGGACUCCGGCAUGGAACAUCUCUCUUUAUGGCAUGCCUACAGGGCAGGAGUUCAUGCAUUAUGCUGAAAAAUGGAUUCAAGCUCCGACAGACGCUUCUUGCCCUCUUGGAGGCAAAGCUCCCUACAGCAAUGCGCUCGUCCUCGAUCCCAAACGGAUCAUGACCAAUGCCACCCAUUUUAGAACAACUCACACCCCUCUCCGAAGCCAAGAUGACUUUAUCAAGUCUUACAUCUCAGCACGCCGCAUCGCUGACGGUCUCUCCAAGGAGCAUGAUAUUGACGUUUUUCCCUAUUCGAAAACCUAUAUCUACUUCGAUCAAUAUGUGUCAAUCAUCCGGCUGACCGGGACCUUGCUUGGAUGCGCAAUUGCUAUCAUUUUCAUCCUCACUUCUGCCUUGCUUGGAUCCGUGGCUACUGGAGCGGUGGUGACGACAACUGUGGUAAUGAUCAUGAUCGACAUUAUUGGGGCGAUGGCAGUCGCCGGCGUUUCCCUCAACGCCGUCUCCUUGGUCAACCUGAUCAUCUGCGUGGGCAUUGCGGUCGAAUUCUGUGCACAUAUCGCUCGUGCAUUCAUGUUCCCUUCGCGGGCUAUCUUGGAGAAGGUGCCGACAAAGUUCCGGGGCAAGGAUGCGCGGGCAUGGACAGCUCUGGUCAACGUCGGCGGGAGUGUUUUCAGCGGGAUCACAGUGACGAAGCUCCUCGGUGUCUGUGUCCUGGCUUUCACCCGAAGCAAGAUCUUCGAGAUCUACUAUUUCCGGGUUUGGUUGGCACUGGUCCUAUUUGCGGCCACCCACGCUCUCGUGUUCUUGCCGGUGGCACUCAGUUACUUUGGUGGAGAAGGAUACGCUGAUCCCGGAGCCGACGGAGGACUCGAGGAGAAUCUUGCUGCGCGGGGCUACCGUUCCCUGCUGGUCGAUGACGAUUACGACUCUGAUGAAUAUUAAUUGUAGUACGGGAAGCUACGGAUUUUUUGAUGAAUUCCUACUGUCGUAGGUGAUCCACGAUAUCCAAUGGAGGAGAUGAUUGUUUGCAACUCAUGUCACGCAUAGUAGUCUGAAAUAUAGUUUCAUAUUCUUUUCAUUCUUUAUUAUCAUUGCAAUGUGCGGGCUGGGAGUUGUCAUGGUUAUCAUCCAAGGAGUCUGGUUUCCGAGUACAAUGAACUGUGUAUCUGGCAGCAAUCUAUAACUAGACCUGCAGCUUUUGCGGCUUUCACUUAAUUAGCUCUUCC